GCAGUCACACUUACUCCUUGAAUUUGUCGACAUUCACAUCGGGGCAGUCGUUCAAAUAGUCGGUCUCGGACUUGUGGCGAUCCCGCCGCCCCAAACACUUGCGGGCUAUCCAUUUCUUCCUGGUAACCACUUGGAAAUCCUCGCCAGGUCCAGACAUCGCAAAAGUAUCGAUAGGACCGUGGCGUUGUAUCGAUAUUGGAAAUAUGCUGCAACAGCUGGUUGCUCUUUCCAUCUCUUUCUAUCACAAGAACUACUUCAAAUUUAGAAAUGAACGACCCAAACAAAGCUAUUUCGGUAAAUUUAUCAUCUUUGCUGAGCUUAAAGGCCGAAUUACUGCGCAAGCAGCAUGAAGUGAAGUUGGCCAAGGCCGCGCAAGUGUCGGCCGGUGAGCACAAGCCCCAAAAAGUCGUCAGCGAGAAGGAGAAGCAGCCCAAGUCCCACAGCUACAAGGAAGUAAGCCGCAAUGAGGACGCCAAGGUCUAUGAGACCGAGGAUCAUGCGCAGCUGGAGAAGUCGCGACGCGUUCUGGAGGCCAAGAGCAAGUACUACGAUCGCAUGAGUCGCAGCGGGGGCAACCUCAACUCUGACGACAAUUGCCUGGUGAUGUUCAAUCGAAAGCGACAGGAGGAAGACCUAGACGACGACGACGAGCCACAGACUUGUUCUCCUCCCGGGCGCGUCAGCAGCAGUUCAAGCAGCUCCAGCGAAGAUGAGGGCAAUGACGAUGACGAAGUGGAGUACGUUGAUUGCUUGGGCCGCACAAGGAAAUGUCUCAGAAAGGUAUUGGCAGAGGAGAAGAAACGCGACAAGAAACUGGCCCAAAGUAUGCCGGAGCGCAUUGAUACCACCAAGGCCAACUGGAUGAUAGACACCAAGGGCGAUCAGGAGGAGCGGGAGGAGGAGGAUCUCAUCGUGAAACCGCGUCCCCCAGGCAGCAUUUUCAGCGAUGACCAGUCCACAGCGACCCACCACGCCGAGCAGCUUCUGAAUUGGGAGCGCAAAGAGCAGGAGAAUGCCGAAAAGCCAGACGUGCACUAUCAAGAUGUCUUCUUUGACGAGGCCCGCACCCAUGGUGUCGGCUACUAUGCCUUCUCCACAGACGAGGAGGAGCGCGCCAAGCAGCAAAAAGAGCUGGAGGAGGCCCGCAAGGCCACAACAGAGGAGCAGGUUCGUCGCGACGAGUUGAGAGCCAAGCGCGACAGCAUGGUGGCUGGUCGAGUGCUGGCCGCCAAGAACCGUAUACGGGCACGCAGUGGUCUGCCGCCCAUCAGCAAGGAGGAUUACGAACGGGAGCUGCAGCAGAAGAAGGACGAAUCAGCGGCCGAGGCUGUGGAACGGGAACGCAAAGAGCGUGAAAAGAAAGAGGCGAUUGAGAAGGAGAAAGAAGCCGAAGAGGCGGAACGCGCAGAGCUGCGCAAGGAGCAUGUUCGUGAUUGGGAUAAGGAGAAGCUGGCGGAGGAGUCCGAGGAAGAGUGGGAAUACAAAGCCGAACGUCUGCCCAUGUCGCAGGAGGAGUGGAACGAGAAACAGCGUACCGAGCGGAAAGAGGAAUUUGCUCCCCUGCCAGAGCCGCUGAAACGCAGCAACUUCAGCAGCAUUCCAGAGCCUCCGCCACUGUGGGACAUUCAAGAACAGGAAUUCAGUAAUUUCCAUUCCAGCAAGCAGCAGCAGCAGCAGCAGCAACAGCAUCAGCAGUUCCAGCGACGCAAUUACACUACACCCAACGAUGACAUUGACGAUGAUACACCUUCGACCUCUGCAGGCAGUCGGGGUGCUGCUAUUCCGCCACCUCCAGGCCUAAAUGACAUGGGACCUCCUGCCGCGAAGAUAUCCAGAUCUCAGAACGAGUUGGAACGCUCCAUCGAGGCUGGCCUAAAGUUUCUGCGCAAUUGCUGUGACAAGGAGGCGAUGACCAACAAGGCCACCUGGACAGCCAAGGCGGAUUAUUAAUCUAAGGCAUUACUUUUGUUUUGUUUAUAAUUUAUUGCUUUGUGUAAAGAAUACUUUAAAAAAAACACACAAUACACAAUAUGCGAACUGGACAAGUUGACUAUUGUCUGGGUUCUUUGAGCUAAGAUCCAACAAAUAUAUAUGUUAACUAUAUAGCUACAAUAAGAGCAUAAACGUACAGUUCCACAAUGCCAGUCCAGAAAUAUCCAUCGGCAACUUUGGCAUAAAAUAAAAUAUAAAUUCCAAAAGCG